AUGGAACGUUAUUCAAAUAGAGAAUGUAUAUAUAGCGGACCAAAUUCAGACAUAUAUAAGGCAUUAGACGAUCAAACAAAGAAAGUAAUUGCGCUUAAAAUAGUGGAUGUUGAUUUGAAUUUAAAGCCACAUAACAUUCACCAAGAGAUCAGCAUAUUAAAAUGUUUAAAUAAUGAUAAUGUUUUACAAUACCUAGGGUCGUUUAUGAAGCAUGAUGAUAUGGUGCUCGUCACCCCUUUUUACAAGUAUGAUCUCAACAAAAUAUUGAGUCGCCAUCUUAAAAAGUCAAUUAAACACAACCUUGACAACCCGCUCGAGAGUCAACGGAUUACGAAAAAUAUAUUACCAUUGGACGCAAUUGAUCUGAUAUUCAGAGGUUUAGUCAGAGCAUUGAACUACUUACAUAAUGAAAUAGGAGUGAUUCAUAGAGAUGUUAAACCUGGUAAUAUUUUCUUCAAAAGAGAUGACUUUAACCCUGUUUUGGGCGAUUUUGGUAUAUCAUAUCCCACGAAAAAUCCACCAGAAGAUGAGCCUGUGGCAGAGAAAUAUCUCGAUGUGUGCACGGGCAUAUACAAGCCGCCUGAGUUGUGCUUUGGAAUCACUGAAUACGGAUUUGAGGUCGAUGUCUGGUCAUUAGCCAUACUUUUGACAUUGUUAUAUUCUUCUCUGGGGAAAUCAUGCAUCGAAAAUGAAGGCAAUGACCUCGUAUUGAUCAAUUCACUUUUCACAAACUUUGGAACGCCUACCUUGGAUCCUUCCAGCGCAAUGUACUGGCCAGAAAUGGACAACGAUGCCUAUCAUUUCAAGAGUUUUGAUUUCACGAAAAGGGAGCGACGCCCUAUCCAGCAAAUAUUACCACGGUGCCAGGACUCUAAGAUAUUAUCGCUCUUUGAGAAAAUGAUAAUUUACGAGAGAUCUUUUAGAAUCACAUCGAGUGAAUUAUACCACGAACUCGAACUAUAA